AUGGCACCACCCAACGACACAUCAGGAAUGGAGUUCGAGGUGUUCCUGAGUUUCAGGGGACCGGAUACUCGGGACAACUUUACUAGUUGCCUCUAUCAUAACAUGGUCGAAAAAGGAAUUCGCGUCUUUAGAGAUGACGAAGAGCUCCGAGUCAGUGAACAGAUUGGUGGAAACCUUCUGCGAGCCCUUGAUGACACUCAAAUCUAUAUUCCCAUCUUCUCUAAGGGUUUUGCUUCCAGUAUAUGGUGCCUCCGUGAGGUUGCACAUAUGGUAGAUUGCACUUCAAAGUCGAAUGGGAAGAAAGAGAUCCUCCCCCUUUUCUUUGAUGUGAAGUCGGAUGAUGUCAAGCUUAGAACUGAAUUGUACAGUAAUGCCUUGUCUGAGCAUGAGAAGAAGUAUGGUCUCGAUGAGGUGAAGCGCUGGAAGGCUGCUCUUCGUGAGGUUGCAACUGGACUAGGUUGGAAGCGGGAAGGGAAAGAAUCUCUUCCUAACCAUCUGGUUGAAGUGGAUGAUCAACGGGUUAUAGAAGAAUUGUUGGAUGCCCACUCUGAUGGUGUGUGUUUUGUUAUAAUACAUGGGACUGGUGGCAUUGGUAAAUCAACUCUUGCUAAGGUUAUCUUCAACCGAUUCUUGUCUAAAUUCAAUUACUCUAGUUUCCUUGAAGAUGUCCAACAUCAUGGUCUUUUAGAAGUGCAAAAGAAACUGUUAUCCGAUAUACUAGGCUCAAGCUCUAAUGAUGGAAUCCAUGACACCAACGACGGGAUCAAUCGCAUAAGAAGAGGACUUAGCAACAAGAGAGUUUUGGUUGUUAUUGAUAAUGUGGACGAAAAGAGACAACUCGAGACUCUCGCGGGGAGCUGCGAUUGGUUUGGUUCUGGAAGUAGGAUCAUGGUCACAGUUAGGGACAUACGCAUAGUGCUAAAUGAGGACAAACAAACCCGACCAAGUAAUUACUUGGCUCACCCAGUAAAUGAGAUGCCUUUGGAUAGAGCAAUUCUACUUUUCAAUAGACAUGCAUUUAGAAGUGAUACCCCUCCUAAGAAUUGCUACAAUUUCUCGAAAGAAGUUGUUUCAAGCAUAGGAAGGCUUCCUUUGACUCUAGAAGUCGUGGGUUCUCUUUUCGCCCGCACGAACAAAUCAGAGUGGCACGAGACAUUGAAGGACUUAAAGCAAGUUCCGCCUAGUGAUGUCAAAAAAUCACUAAUGCUAAGUAUCAACAAAUUGGACGCUAAAGAAAAAGCCAUAUUCCUAGACAUAGCAUGUUUUUGCAUCAAGGAGGAUAAGACUUAUGCGGAUAACAUGUGGCAUAGUAGUGGCUAUUCUCCACGUAGUGCGAUUGAUGUUCUUCUCCUCAUGUCAUUGAUAAAGAUCGAUGAGCACAAUUCUUUCUGGAUGCAUGAUGAAGUUCGAGAUCUAGGAAGGUACAUUGUCAUGGCAGAGAAUUUUGAAGAUGCUGAAAAGCGCCGUUGGGUGCGAAUUGAUGAGAAUACUCAAGUCAUUAUGAGGAGCAAAGAGGUGAAAUUUAUUUAG